GUGUGUCGAGUGUAAAGUGAUGACCUGAGUGCUUUUCUUGCUUCUCACUGUGCCAUUCCAGUUGUGGCUGGGCUGUGGCAGGAGCCCCAGUGGCCGUGUCACUGCUGUGUGUCCUGUCCCUGCAUGCAGAGCAGUGUCACAACAGCAGGACUGUGCUUUGACACCCUCUGCUCCCACCACAGAGGGCCAUCCUGUUUGGCUGAACUGUGUCAGCAAUUUGUCUGACUGAAUUUCACUUCAAAUAUUUUUUGUGGUUAUCAAAUGUAGGCUGCCUUGGGAUAUGGCUGUGUGUCAUCUGUAAUUUGCUGUCUGGACAGGAGUAGCUGUGUUGGCAGGCUUGUCCCUGCGUGCAGUCCAUUGGUGUGUGACACAAGGACAGAGCUGGCUGGAGGCUGCCUGUGCUGGGGGAUGGAUGGAGUGUGUGCCCACCCCCCUGGUGAUCACUGUAUCCCAUCCAGGAGGGUUAAAGCAUCAGGGAAAGGGCAUGUGCCAUGAAGGGUGUCCAUCCUCAGCCUUGCUGUGAGGUGGGUGGUGAGUCCUUAGCUCAGGUUGUACCCAAACUAAGCUACUUUCACCUGUGAAGUUGUCUAGAAAUUCAGAGCUCCCAGGCUGACGAGGGAAGUAGUGAAGAGUUAGGAUCACACUCGGGCAUUUUGGGAUGGGCUCCUGGCACAUUGCUCGUUAUUCAAGAAAACUGGGAUGUUCAGGCAGCUGGUGGAGUGGUUAGGUGUGCUCCAGAGACAGUCCUGUGGGUGAUGUGGUGGGAGAAGGAGGGAGAAGAGGGUGCUUUUGUGUGGCACAUCUCGCUCCAGCACUGGUCUGCCAGGGAGGUCUGUGUGUGCCUUGUGGUUCUGGGUCCUUACACAGAGGUCACAGAGAUUUCUCCAUGCCCCUUCUGUGUUGAGGGCUAGGUUUGUUCCAGAUGAUUGCUCUUGUAAAUUUUUCACUCCGGUGUUACACAGCAGUGCUGUGAUCAAAGAUGAAAUCAUGCCUUUGCACCGGCUUGCAGUGUCAUCUCUUUCUUUCCCUGAUGAAGUCUUGAUUCAUCUGCACUGGACUUACAUGCUGACCAAAAUAACCUCAUAUUCACUAGUUAAAUUAACACUGAUGGACAUCUCUGCCUUUGAAAUAUUCUGGAUGUGUAAUUUGAGUUAAUUUUAUUAAGACUGCAGAUCUCUUCUGUCAUGAUUACUGGUGAGGUUUCUGGCUGGCUGCAUCAUUUCACUCUCAAGUGAGUAUCAGAAACCUGUACCAGUCUCAUAUGGUUUUAAUGCAUCUGCAUAUUAUCCUGGUCUUGUACUUGACCAGAGUAACACCUUCAAGUGCUGGAAUUUAAAAGGUCUGGUCUAUUGCUAAAAGUUUACAAACUGUACUUGAGUGACAAUUCCAAAAAACCCACAAAAACCAUAACCAAACAAAAAAACUCCAAAAAAACCCCAAACAAACAAACCCACAAAAAACCCAAACCCAAAAACUCCCUAAAAACCAAAACAAAAUGAAACAGCAAAACCCUGAAAGAAUUCACUUCUUGAUUUGUGAGCAGUUAAAAAAAUAAUUACAGAGGCUGGCAGAAGAGCUGGCAUUCCAGGUUUAUCUGCUGUUGGGGGAUGUGCUUUAAUGUACUCUCUUGAGGCAUGCUCUGUCUCUAAUUUGUAAAAAUAGGAUCCUGGUAUGACUUGUUCUGUAUCUUGGUAUUCCUUAGUCUUCUGUUGUCUGACCUCACUAUUUUCAUAUUUUGUUUUUUUACUCUUUAAUCCACCUGAGAUGCAGCUGGGGCUGUGCUUGUGCUGCUGGGUCCCACAGACCUGACCUGCUGGAUGCUGUUUUGCCCAGGCUGUGAUUUGGGCAGGGCAGCAGGGCACAGAGAGGUGGGAUGUGCUGCCUUGUUCCAUGGUGAAUGAAACCAACCACAUUUCCUAGGAAUGAGAAGGGCAAGUUAUCUUUUUUGGUUGGGAAUUAACUGUGAACUUUCAGUCAUUUUGCAGUGUGGGGCUCUGGCUUGGCUAAAUCUUCGUGCUGCCUUUAGCUGGGUGUCUGUAUGUUGAAGUUUGUUAGUAAAGAGGAUGGGACCAGAAGUCUUGGGAACUGUGUGGUCUUUUAAGAUGUAAAAAUAAACAAAGCUGAGAAGCUCUACCCUACUUAAAACAGGCUGACCUAAAUUUUCAGCAAUUCUAGCAGAGAGGCAGGCUCUAGGUAGGGAUAAAGGCUUACUGACAAAUGGCUUCCCUGUCCUUCCAUCGCUUGACAAGGUUGACAGGCCACCUUUGGCACAUCAGCACUGGGCUCUGAGGUCAUUCACUUCCCCCUUCUUGAGCUGCACAGCCUGGCUGUGGAUUUGCCUUGUGCUUGUGUGGACAGUCCCCUUGUUAUGCAAGUCAACAGUUCAGCAUCUCCUGGGAAGUCACAGCAGGAAUCUCUUCUCAAAUUGCUUUUGUUGGAGUGUGUUGACAGCAUGUUAGAUGUCCUCUGGCUUGUCCCUACAGAGAUUGCUUUUGAGAGUAGGUGUCUGGGAAGUCCUUUCCUACUCUUUGUCUGUAGAUUAAUGUUCUUACUAUCAGUUGCAGUUCUCUACUACUGAAUUAUUAAUUCUGCAGUGAGAGUUUUUUUCUUCUUAGUGUUCAUUGACUUUCAUGCUUGAUUUAUUUUUCUGAGCAGUUUGAAACUGGAGCAUGGGAAUGUUGACUAAUAUUAACAGAUCACAUGUGUGACCUCAGAGGUGGCUAAAUAAACUUUUUUAAUUGGGAAAAUGACAUCUGUCUUUCAAAGUAAUCACAGUUUCCCAGGUGAAAGGUUGCUUGUGAACAUGUAUUGCCCUCAGAGGCACAUUGCUUGUUAUUCAAGAAAACUGAGAUGUUCAGGCAACUGGUGGAGUGGUUAGGUGUGCUCCAGAGACAGUCCUGUGGGUAAUGUGAUGGGAGAAGGAGGGAGAAGAGGGUUUGCAGAUUCUCCUGCUAAUGUGACUUUGUAGCUGAAUGCUUUCCUGGCAGAGAGCCGGCCUUUGAUUGGAAAGCAUUCCCCUUGGUGUUCUUGUAGGUACUGAUGGUCUGCCAUGUUUUGUUCUGUGUUUGUGUGUGCUUUUUCCUGCAGGGAGAUAAGAGGAGAGGAAUUGUGUAUCCUUUCAGCAGCCUUCUGUUAAACUUGGAACACCACAGCUCAAGCACGUGAACAGAUGGAUAAUGGAGACUGGGGAUAUAUGAUGACUGAUCCAGUCACGCUAAAUGUGGGUGGACACAUGUAUACGACCUCCCUCACAACUCUAACGAGAUAUCCUGACUCAAUGCUCGGGGCCAUGUUCAGGGGAGACUUCCCCACUGCCAGGGACUCUCAGGGCAAUUACUUUAUUGACAGAGAUGGACCACUUUUCCGUUAUGUUCUUAACUUUUUAAGGACCUCAGAGCUCACUUUGCCACUGGACUUCAAGGAGUUUGACCUGCUCCGGAAGGAAGCAGACUUCUAUCAGAUUGAACCCUUAAUUCAGUGUCUUAAUGACCCCAAGCCGCUGUAUCCUGUGGAUACCUUUGAGGAGGUGGUGGAGCUGUCCAGCACCCGGAAGCUUUCCAAGUACUCCAACCCGGUGGCUGUGAUCAUCACGCAGCUCACCAUCACGACGAAAGUCCACGCGCUGCUGGAAGGCAUUUCAAACCACUUCACCAAGUGGAACAAGCACAUGAUGGACACCAGGGACUGCCAGGUGUCCUUCACCUUCGGGCCAUGUGAUUACCACCAGGAAGUGUCGCUGCGAGUGCAUCUCAUGGAGUACAUCACAAAGCAAGGCUUCACGAUCCGCAACACCAGAGUGCAUCACAUGAGCGAGCGUGCCAACGAAAACACAGUGGAACACAACUGGACUUUCUGCAGACUGGCACGGAAAACAGAUGACUGAUUCUGACUCCACAGGAGCCACUUCAGUGAUUAGCAACUUAAUUGGACAGUGAACCCAAGAGAGUCUGGAUUUUGACUAAAGCAACAAUAUGGGCUUUUUUUAUACGACUAUUUAUUGUUUAUCAGUGAGGACUGGAGGAGUUUCAUUCUCUAGCAGCUCUGUUCUUUUGUCCAGUUCAGAAAAAAAACCGUGCAUGUGCCUGUUCAGUCAAGACACCUUUUUGUUUGAAAGAGGGAGUCCGAAGAAUCAGUACAAUAGGGUAUUUUGUGUCAUUAACACAAUCCUCUGACUUGACUCAAAGUGCUAAAAUUACCUCUUGUUUAAAUGGUUUCUAAUCCGUUUAAUGCUAUGACACUGGGAGCAAGAAACAAAAAAAAGAUUUUAAAAUGCAGUUGGGGAGAAGCUGCUAUUGUGUAGACUAAUAUAGUUUCUAAAUCAAUAAACAGUAUUGUAAUAUUCUAGGAAAACAGAUCCCACCCUUUAAAAGUACUUGAUAAGUACAGUUUCUUACAGUUAUGACAACUGUUUCUUUCUAUGCAUAUAAAUCAAGCAACCAAAUAUUAUCUGUAGCCAUGGAAAUAUGAUUACAAAUAUUUAUAUUGGAUUCUAAAUGCAAAAUGUCCCUGUGGUAGAAUUCAUAUUUUUAAUGCCUGGUGCAAUAUUAUUCCCAAGUGUAAUGCCUGCCAGAAGAAGCUAAUAAAAAUGUGAAAUACAGAA